CGACUCAAAAUGUUUUGAUUCGUAUUACGAAAGAUAUUGAGUCUGUUUGUGCUUAGAUUUAGGUUGAGUUAAAUUAUGGAUUCUAACAUAUUAGAACCGCAAGAUCUCAGUAAAUCAACAGCUAUAGUUGCUGUUAACGAAUGGCCUGCCGAUUUGGGUUCAGUGACGAUAGCUGGCGAUGAGCAGAAGUUUGCCAAUUCGGCGGUAUCUUCCGAUAUGGCUAGUCGGCAAUGGAAACAAAUUACAUCCGAUUUUUUCGGUUGUGUGAAGGAACUUAAAUUGGGUGAACUGAUACAUGAUAACAUGUUCGGUUUGUUCGACGCAAUGUCAGCGAUCGAAAUGAUGGAUCCAAAAAUGGAUGCUGGGAUGUGCUGCAAUAAGGAAACUACUCCGUUAAACUUCCAGACGGCGGUUGAGGCUGGUAAAAUGAAGCUGUUGAAUUUGGACAGUCGUGAGUGCAUCGGAAUAAUUGAUUCCGUAUAUGCGUGCUCGGUAUCCUGGCUAGAAGGACACUCGAUGGCGCAAACUGUAUUGACUUGUCUGUAUUUGCACCAUCCCGAUCAAAUAGAGGAUAAAUCAAUGAAGGCAUUUGCAUGCGCCGUUCACAAGCUGGUCAAUUUGAUUCGUAAUUUUAUACUGAGAGCCAGAGUGUACGAAGAGGAAGAUUUUCAACCUAGUACUUAUGGGUACGAUCUGUGCAUGGAAAUGACGGAAACGAAGGUGUGCAAUAUGCUGAAAAGUGCCGAGGAAGACUGGAUUCGCAAGGUGAAGGAAGUCAAUAGCGACAAAGAAAAGGAGGAAAUUAAUGCCCUUGUCUGUCGAUUGAAAUUCACCCGCUUGCUUCUGCAAUGCUUGGUGGCGCUCUAUCCUACAAAGCAAAAUUCUACAUGGAAUACUACGAAUACAAGUGCAAAUUUGGUAACUAAUGUUUCUCCGAAUAAAACUGAGAUGAUUGAUAUUGUUAAAACAUUGAACGGAGCUCUUGAGCUAACGCUGAUCAUGGAAAGGACCAUCGAGUUUGGAACGCAGCCGGAGCCGGAGUCCGACACGCCUAACCCAAUGGGGUUUUCAAUGAUGGUCAAUCAGAGAUUGCUACCGCCUACUUUUCCACGAUACACGAAGAUAAAGGACCGCUCGACUUGCAUUCAAUAUUUGGCUGAACUGAUCCAGAGACUAAAGCACGCGUGCAAGAUUGUACACUGCACCAAUUAUCACAGUGCGUUGAACUUUUUUAUGGAUUUCAGCAAAAAGUUUGGACCCUGCCUGCUAUCACGCAGCAUCCUACAAACUCUAUAUUUACCAUCGCAUGAUAUGGUAUUUGGAACACGAAAACUGACAGAAGUGCUGAAGGAAUCAGCAAAAGCAUUCAUCGCUCCACCGGUGCUGCUCUCAGAUAAUCCACUUUCUUCGAACCCUGCCGCUUGCAACUGCGUGGAUUCCUUCUUCGCCUACAACGAGCACACGUUUAGUGUCCUGUUCGAAAUAUGUGGCUAUAAUCGUGCACGGCAACGAGACAAACUAGGAAUCAUGCUGUCGAACUUUGCCAAUCUGCAGGAUGAAGCCGAACGGGUUGAUGCCUAUCUGCAUUCGCUUUCGAUGAAAAACGAAAAUCCCCGUCAACAUUUGGCGUGUUUCGGAACGUGGGUACUGUACCACUGUUUGCGGGCUAUGUCCUUCUUCCUACUGUCCGGGCUUGAGUUGGAACUGUAUUCUGUUCACGAAUAUCUGUAUAUUUUCUGGUACCUGUACCAGUUUUUGUUCGGCUGGAUUGUGUCGGCUCUGACGCGUGCUGACACGUUUCUGGUGGAGCAGGACUACGCGACUGAUUCAAAAACUGCCAAAGGAAGUCAGAAAAAACCAAAAGUGAAAAAGCGAAAAGGAAAAACGGACGCAAAAGAAAUUAUAUUCAAUCAGGCAAUGCAGAACAUGUGCGGAGGCUACUAUAAAGCACUUGGCGGCUUUAUCGGCGAGGGAAGAAUACCGGAACCACUGCCAAUGUUUGACAAUGAAAAAGUUCGCUUCGAGCAUCGUUUUGCUCCGUUCGCAACCCUUUCGACUCCACCACCAAUGGCGUAUUCCGAUUUUAAACUGAUGAAGUCAUAUUUGCUCAAAUCACCGGCGGAAGAAUUGUAUGCAUCGGCGUCAAAGCAUUUCCAUGAAGCGCGAGUUUUGCUGGAAUCCUACCCGAAUCCGGACGAAGAGUGGCACGAGAUUGUGAAGGUGGCCAAAACUAACUUCGUGAUGAUGAAUUUACUUGCGACUGGUCUGAAUCGACAAUCCAAGACAUCACCUGACUUUGAUUUUUCCUGCCAUCGUUAUUUUCCAAUCAUAAGAAACAGAAAGUAGGUGUCUAGUCUGGAGGUGUACCGGUUUGGUUGCUUUUGUGUGUAAUCGUACUUUAAAAUCAUAAGACGUGUAAUAAAACAAUAUUAGAUAAAAUUAAA